UACUGACGUUUCACGUUGAACGUCAGCUGAAGGGUUUUUUUUUUUAAUAUCAAACAGCUGUGUGUAGUGUAUAAAGUCACAUGGCUUUUUAGAGUUUAUGAUUAAUUAAAACAUAAUUUCAUGUCUGUUUAAACUUUAAAAACCUAAUAUGGCAAACCUGGACCGAAAAGGUACUUUUAAAGUAGAAUAUCUACAAGAUAUUGAGAGAAAAGUUCAAGAACGCUGGGAAAAUGAGAAAAUAUUUGAAGUUGAAGUUCCUAAAGAUGAAAACCAAGAAAAAUUUCUUUGUACCUUCCCAUAUCCAUACAUGAAUGGGCGACUACAUCUUGGUCAUACCUUUUCCUUGUCUAAAUGUGAGUUUGCAGCACGGUAUUAUCGCUUGAAAGGUAAAGCUGUAUUAUUUCCAUUUGGAUUCCAUUGUACUGGUAUGCCUAUAAAAGCAUGUGCUGAUAAGUUGAAAAGAGAAAUGGCUCUAUAUGGGUGCCCACCAGAGUUCCCGGAAGAUGAAGAAAUUGUUAAAGUAGAAGAAGAUGUAGUGCCCAAGGAUAAAAGUAAAGGGAAGAAGAGUAAGGCAGUGGCUAAGACGGGUUCGGCAAAAUACCAAUGGCAGAUUAUGCAGAGCCUUGGCAUCCCAGAGGAAGAAAUCAAAGAGUUUGCUAAUGAAGAAUAUUGGCUUGAAUAUUUCCCUCCAAGAGCUGUCGCAGAUUUGAAGAGAAUGGGACUUCAUGUUGAUUGGCGGCGGAAGUUUAUAACAACUGAUGUUAAUCCAUUUUAUGAUUCUUUUGUAAGAUGGCAAUUUAAUCAUCUAAAAAAUCGUAACAAAAUCAUGUUUGGUAAACGGUACACAAUUUACUCACCAUUGGACAAACAGCCUUGUAUGGACCAUGACAGGAGCACUGGUGAAGGGGCUGGACCUCUGGAGUACACUCUCAUCAUGAUGAAAGUACUAGAACCCUUACCCGAUGUUCUGAAGUGCUUUGCUAACAAGUCAGUAAGUUUCGUAACUGCAACUCUGAGACCUGAAACAAUGUAUGGUCAAACUAACUGCUGGAUUCACCCUGACAUUAAGUACAUAGCUUUUGAAACUGUCAAUAACGGUAUUUUCAUAUGCACAAAACGAGCAGCCAGAAAUAUGUCCUACCAAGGGUUCACAAAGAAUGAUGGUGAAUUUGAAAUUCUUAAGGAAAUUAUAGGACAAGAUCUUUUAGGAGUAGCAUUGAAAGCACCUUUUACUAGUUACCCAAAGAUAUAUUCUUUACCUAUGUUGACUAUAAAAGAAGAUAAGGGUACAGGAAUUGUUUCGAGUGUACCUUCGGACUCGCCUGAUGAUUAUGCGGCAUUAGUUGACUUACAGAAAAAGGCUGCAUUCAGAGAAAAAUAUGGAAUCAAAGAUGAAAUUGUUCUGUCCAUAAAGCCUAUCCCUGUUUUAGAGGUUCCCGAAUUUGGAAACUUAUCAGCGGUACACCUAUACGAGAAACUGAAGAUUCAGAGUCAGAAUGACAGAGAGAAGCUAACUCAAGCUAAGGAUAUGGUAUAUCUAAAAGGAUUUUAUGAUGGUGUUCUGAUCGUGGGCGAUUAUAAAGGCAAGAAAAUUCAGGAAGUAAAGAAGGCUAUACAGAAUCAAUUAGUGAAAGAAAAUGGGGCUGUUAUAUAUUACGAACCCGAGAAAAAUAUUAUAUCAAGGUCCGGUGAUGAGUGCGUUGUGGCUCUUUGUAAUCAGUGGUAUCUUGAUUAUGGUGAUGAAGGAUGGAAGGCGCAGGCCGAAAAGGCAUUAGCUGCAAUGAACACCUUCCAUGAGGAAGUCAGAAGGAACUUAUCUGGAACUAUCAAGUGGCUUCAUGAAUAUGCAUGCUCUAGAACGUAUGGCCUAGGUACAAAACUGCCUUGGGACACUCAGUGGGUGAUAGAAUCUCUGUCUGAUUCGACAAUAUACAAUGCAUACUACACUGUUGCACAUUUUCUACAAGGAAAUACCUUUAGGGGCAAUGCAGAGAAUGCUCUUAAAAUAAAACCUGAACAAAUGACUCUUGAAGUUUGGGACUACAUAUUUUUCAAAGAUGCACCAUUCCCAAAAGAUACCAAGAUUCCUAAAGCAUCUUUAGACCUUAUGAAGAAAUCGUUUAAUUAUUGGUACCCAGUCGACAUGAGAACAUCUGGGAAGGACUUGAUUCAAAACCACUUAUCAUACUAUAUUUUCGUCCAUUGCGCUAUAUGGCCGAACGAAGAGGAUAAGUGGCCAAAGGGAAUCCGAGCUAAUGGACAUCUUCUACUUAACUCCGCAAAAAUGUCCAAAUCCGAUGGAAAUUUCCUAACAUUAUCGGAAUCUUUAGUCAAAUUCAGCGCCGAUGGGAUGCGUCUGACGCUAGCUGAUGCUGGAGAUUCUAUCGAGGAUGCCAAUUUCGUUGAAAGUACGGCCGAUGCGGCCAUCCUAAGGCUGUAUACCUUUAUUGAAUGGGUAAAAGAAAUGAUGGCUACAGAGUCUACUUUGAGAACAGGUGAAUACAAUUUCCAUGACAAAGUAUUUAUAAGCGAAAUGAACAUGAAGAUCAAGCAGACGGACGAGAAUUACAGCAAGGUACUUUUCAAGGAAGCACUCAAGACAGGCUUCUUUGAACUGCAGGCUGCACGUGAUAAGUAUAGGGAGCUGUGCUGGGAGCGCGGCAUGCACGCGGCACUCGUGCGGCGCUACGUGGCGGCGCAGGCCGCGCUCGUGGCGCCCGUGUGCCCGCACGUGGCCGAGCACGUGUGGCAGCUGCUGGGCAAUAAAACAAGUAUUCUUCACGAACGCUGGCCAGUAGCCGGUGAAAUCGAUGAAGUGGCGGUGAAAGCCAGCAACUACCUCAUGGAAGCGGCCCACUCAUUCCGCGUCUACCUCAAGAACCACUGCGCUGUGAAGAAACCUAAGAAGGGAGAAGCGCCUAAACCUGAACCGAAACCAAAUAAAGCCGUCAUUUGGGUCGCCAAGGAGUAUCCCAAGUGGCAACAGGUCAUUAUAACCACGAUGAAGGAGUUAAUUGGGCCAUCAGGCCUCCCGGACAACAAGGUGAUAUCGAGCAAGCUGUCGCAGCUGAGCGCGCUGCAGCGCUACACCAAGCGCGCCAUGCCGUUCGCGCAGAGCGUGCGCGACGCGUACGAGCGCCUCGGCGCCGACGCCUUCUCGCUCGCGCUGCCCUUCGACGAGGCCGCGCUGCUCGAGGACAAUAAGCCCUAUCUCAUGAGCACUUUGGACCUCGAGUGGAUAGAGGUGAAGCACACGGACAGCGCGGACGCGCCGGAGAAGAGCCGCGAGGAGUGCGCGCCCGGCGCCGCGCACGUGAGCUUCGCGCGCGCGCCCGCGCUGCGCCUCGCCGCGCUCAGCCCCGCGCCGCGCGCCGCGCUCUUCGCCGUGCGCCUGCACGUGCUGCAGGGCGACACCGUCGAGAGGCUCAAGGCGAAGCUCGCCAAGGAGGUCAAGGCCGUCAAGGACCUCAACUCCUUAAAGCUGUGGCGUUAUAAAGACCCAGUACUGGGCCCGCGCAAGAUCCCAGUGCCCGGCGACACGGAGACCAAAUGCGUGCCCAUAGAUAACGAUGCAGUACUGCGGGUGUUAGUGGACGAAAACCGGUUGGAGCUCGUCGAUAAUGGGAAGAAUAUUGAUAUAGGACUACAGAUUGUGUACACUUAUAAGUGAAACUUGAAAUAUAUUUAUUUUUCAAAUUUUCA